AAUGCACGCAGUUCCUGAACAUGUCACAAUUGGACUUCCAAGAGAAGGAUUACACACAUUCGAUGAUAAGACAGAAUUGGCAAAACAUCCAGCACCAUACAGAAUCAAAGAAAUUGAAGGUUUAUUUCUUUAUUUAUUUGUAUAGUCUAAUACACUGACGAACAUAUCAUCGGAACAGUCUUCAAAUAUGCUGAUGCUAAAGGACAUACAAUUGAAGGACAUGAUAUUGAAAAAUUCAAGCCUUUUGGACAUUUGUUCGGUAAAGUGCACAAGAAGCACUUCAAAAUUGAUGAUGGUAAUUAUUUAAUAAUCAUCAUUAGAUGAUGAAAUCCUUGAAAUUUCAGGACAUGCAGGUGCUAGAAUCAACGAAUUGAAAUUCAAGACAUACAGAGGAAAAGAGGAAUCAUUUGGAGUUAAGAAUGGUGUCCACUUUGUUUAUUCAUUCCCAGGACAUACUUUUGGAGCUGUAUCUGGUGGAUAUGAAAAGCAUUUGGAUUUCAUUAGAAUCCAUGUUAAUGAACUCCCCCCUGCCAAACAUCAUUUGAAGAUUAUCAUUAUCAAGAGUUGAU